UUUCAGCCUGGGACAUCUGUCGCUUGUGAGUAUUUUUUUUCCCCCUUCUUCUUCUUCUUCUUCUUCUUCUCUUUCUAGGCCGGGUAUCUCGGCUACUGAAUGGAGCCAUGUGACCUGCCAGUCUUGACUGAUGGGAGCCCGCGUGGGAAAAUCCGCGCGCAUUCACAUGCUAAUGGAGCUCCGAUAAAAAAGAGGGCCGCGCUGCGCCGAGGGCCCUAAGAGAGACGCGCCGAGAGUCCGAGUGGAGAGGAGGCACGAGCGCGCACGGACCGCCCGAGGGGACAACAAACAACAACAAACAAACAAACAAACAAGCAAACAAACAAACAAGCAAACAAGCAUGACUGCUUCAGCCGUGGCGCACAACGCGGCCAAGGAGGAGAGGAAGCUGAGGAAGCCGCUCAUUGAGAGGAAGCGACGCGAGAGGAUAAACAGCUGUUUGGAUCAGCUGAAAGUCACCGUGGUCGGAGCGUUCAGACUCGAUCAAUCCAAACUGGAAAAAGCCGACAUUCUGGAGAUGACCGUGAAGCACCUGCAGAACAUCCAGAGCAUCGAACUCAGCGACCCCACAUUAGGCCUGGAGGUGCAGCAGAGACACAGCACGGGGUACAUCCAGUGCAUGCACCAGGUCCACAGCAUGCUCCUCACCUGCGACUGGAUGGACAAGAACCUGGGCUCCCGCCUGCUCAGCCACCCGCUCGAGUCCCUGCCCAGAUCCGCCGACGAGCGCCCCCCGCAGGCCUCGCCCGGCCGUGACCCCCCCGUGGCGGGGUGA